AUGGGCUCCGGGAAGAAGAAGAUAGAAAUAAAAAAAAUUGAAAAAGAAUCAUCCCGAAUGGUAACAUUCUCGAAAAGACGCAAGGGUCUUUUCAAGAAAGUUCGAGAAUUGCAAGCCAAAAUUGGGGCCAACGUUGCCGUGAUUGUCUUCUCGCCGGCCGGGAAUCCCUACACGAUGGGAGAUAUAUCGUUGUUCGAUAAUGCUCUGAACAAGGGUACCGUCCCUGCUUCCGGUGGUGCUACAUUUAAUGGGUUCGAUUUCGAGAAAGGUGGGAAGGAUGCGAAUGCUUUUUGUGCAAGUACCAGCAAUGGUUUGAGGGAGUGGUUGGAUGGGAUAGACGUGGAUGGUUGUGCUGAAAUCGAGGAAUUACUGCGCAUGAAAGAGCAGUUGCUGGUGGCUAGAGAGAGGAUUCAGGGGCUGAUUCGCAACACGGCGGCCUUCGCUGUAAACUACCCGGCUUACCCUUCUUCCAUCGCCCGCGCUGUCGAGACUCUCGGCGGCACUGAAGCCAUUGCCAAGGCUCGUAGUUCAGAGUCAAAUAAGUUGGAACUCCACUUCCGCCCAGAAGAUCCGUAUUCACACCCUGCCUUUGGAGAACUUCAUACUUGCAACAAUUUUUUAUUGAGAAUAUCAAAGGACAGAGUAAGCAAUGCCCAAGAUCCUGAGCUUAGAAAGAGGGUAUCAAGCAGUUCUUCUGCUGAUCCUGUUAGUCUUGAACAACAUGAGUCCUGUUCUGGAUCGAUAGAAACUACAGCAGAAGCUGAGUCCCAGGUUGUUGAGGAACGGCAAGAACAUCUUUCUGCUGAUAUUGUUGCUUGCAUAGGAGAAGCUUAUCAUUUUAAUGGAAUGGUGGAUUACCAGCAUGUUAUUGCUGUCCAUGCUGACAUUGCCAGACGAAAGAAGAGAAAUUGGGCUGAAUUUGUAGAGAAGGGUGGCCUUAUGGAUGUUGAUCAGGAUGAUUUGAUGAUCCUAGUACCACCGUUGUUCUCGCUGAAGGAUAGACCAGAAAAAAUAGUGUUAAAACCAUGUAUACAUAGCAGCUCGAAAACGAAACAAGAGGAUAUGAACCAGCAUCAUCAGGAGAGGAAUAUGGAGCCAAGUCUAGCACUUGAUAUUGAUAUUGAAGAGAUCCCAAAAAAGGUAAACUGGGAGAAAUUCAUACCUGAAGGUUCAGAACAAUGGGUUUUGCAGAACAUAGUGGCUGAGCUGUUCAAUGAACGACCAAUAUGGGUAAAAGAUUCAUUGUCUGAGCACUUGCUUGACAAAGGUCUGGAAUUUGGAGAAAACAUGCUCAAAAGGCUUCUGUUCAGAGCGGCUUAUUACUUUUCAACUGGGCCAUUUUGCAGAUUCUGGAUCAGAAAAGGAUAUGAUCCUCGCAAAGAUCCCGAGUCUCGCAUAUAUCAAACAAUGGACUUCCGUGUGCCAGUACCAUUAAGAAGCUACUGUGAGGCUAAUUCAGCAUCAAGACUGAAGCAUCGCUGGGAGGAUAUAUGUGCCUUUCGAGCUUUCCCAUAUAAAUGCCAAACUUCACUGCAGCUCUUUGAACUUGCUGAUGACUACAUUCAAGAAGAAAUAAGAAAACCGUCAAAUGUAGAAGCAUUCAGUAAGGCAACAGGAUGGUUCUCAGCCAAUGUGCUUGAAACCUUGAGACACCGGGUUGCUGUCAGGUUUCUGUCAGUGUAUCCCAAUGCUGGUGCAGAGGCAAUCCUGAAAUCUGAAUGUGACCUCUUUGAAAAGUCAAAAAAGAUGCGUCUGUAUCCAAAGAACUUGAAAGCAAAUGAGGAAAGGCAGCAAGACAAUAGAGAAGUGGUUGAAAAUCAAGAAAAGGAACCAAAUGAUGAAGUAGAUUAUGAAGAAGAUGAGGUGAAUAACAUUGACGAUGACAUUGAUGAAGAGGAUUUUGAUGCAUAUGAAGCGAUAGACCCGAUUGGGUUCCAGGAAGGGGAUUUUUCUCCACAACAGGAUUCCUAUACAGACCAUGAGAACAUGUCCAGAAAUUAUUUGCAAGAGCUCUUUGGUAGUUUUCCAUUUAAUGCAGCAGGCGAUAAUGAAAUGCCUGAUGCCAAUAUUAGUGAUGGAGAGUACGAGAUAUAUGAACAUUAUAGUGAUGAAAACUACUCCAAUGAUGAUGAGUACUAGCUUUUAAUUGAAUGCUGAGUUUGCCAAUCAAGCUGAAGAUGCAGCGAGAAGCCAGUGACUUUUGUAAAGCUGGAGAACUCUUUAGUUGUCCUUUCGCACUGUAGGCUCAGAAAUUUAGUGUAGCUGGAGUAGGAUAGCGAAAUCAAAUUUGUAUAUAUACUUUUAGUUCACUUCUUCCUCUUUAGGGGUCAACAGCGAGGUAUGUUGAUACUCUAUAUAAGGUUAAAAGUUUCUUCUAUAUUUAAGCUAUC